UAUGAAUGUUAAAUUUUCAUCAUGACAUUAUGGAAAAUAAUGAACUUUAUCACAAUAUGCUAAUUUUUUGAGAAGGACCUGUAUUUGGGGAUCACAGUUGCAUUGUCAGCAUGUAAUUCAUUUUCAUCAGUUAUUUUCAGAUGUGGGUAAAAACAAUAUAGUAAACAUUCAAAAGCCCUGUGAAAUCAUGCACCAAAAAUAAAGUGGAAUGAACAUCUUAUUUCAAAUACACAUUAGUUCUUAUGAGUCAUAUAUUAUCACUGGACUUUUUCUUAAAUGUUCUUAACAAUAGUACACUCUAAAGAAGACAAGGAAAAACAACACUUAAUUAAAAGUAAGCCUUGUAUCUGUAAGGCUAAACGAACAAAACUAAAGGCAAACUGCAAUGUAUUUUAUACUGGUUUUAUGUGAUAGAGCAGCAGGAAAUAGGGUGUUACUCUGAAGUGGAGGGCAAACGAUACAUAAUUUUCAAUUUUACAUCGUCUUUUACAUAGAAACUCUGAAAAGUGUGGCAUGUAUGUUUGUUUAGCCCCUUUAAUCGGAUACACCUAAAUAUUAUCCAGUGCAAUCAACUGCGUUUAGAAGUGUCCUACUUUGUAAAAUAGUAAUAGUAACAGUAAAUACAACUGUUCAGUGCAGGCGUUUGUUGGAGAACAAUUGUGUACAAGCAGCAUCAUGAAGACAGAGGAACACAGCAGGUCAGGAAUUAAACUGGAGAACUUUAAACCAGGGUUGGGUUGAGAAGCAAUAUCCCAAGCUUUGUACAUCCUUCACAGAGCUGUUCAAUCCAUGAAAAUUGAAAGACUAUGGCAGAACUACUAACCUACUGAGAUGUAGUUAUCCACCUAAACUGACAUUAAUCAAAGAACCAGCCAAGGGCACCAUGGUGACUCUAGAGGAGCUGCAGAGAACCGCAGGUCAGGUGCAUCUGUUGACAAGACAACUAUUGGUCAUACAAUCCACAAAUCUGGCCUUCAUGGAAGAGUGGCCAGAAGAAAACCUUAGUUGAAAGAAAGUCAUGUUUGCAGUUUUCCACAAGCCAUAUAGAGAACAUAGCAAACAUGGAGUUGGCUAUGUUCACAGUGCUCUGGUCAGAUGACCUUUAAAAUUAAACGUUUGGCCAACAUGCAAAACACUAUGUGUAAAGGUAAUGUAACAUCCUGCAUAUAUAGUACUAUCCCCACAUGGUGCUGGAAGCAUUACGAUGUCGACAUGAUUUUGUCAGCAGCGACAGAGAAGGUUAUAAAUAAUGAUGGGAAGAUUUAUGCAUGGACAAAUACAGGUCAAUCUUGGAAGAAAAACUGUUAGAGGCUGCAAAAACCUUCAGAUUGGAGUGGAUGUUCUUAUUCCAGCAGGGCAGGAACCACAAGCAUACAGCCAACAUACAGAGUUACAAUUUAAUUGUUUAGAUAAAAGCAUAUUCAUGUGUUCGAAUUACCCAAAGUCCAGACCUAAAUAAAACAGAACCUGCAGCAAACCUUAAAAGUUGACAUGUUAUAGUCCCAUCUUACAGAGCUAGAGCUAUUUUGUGCGAACCUGGCACAUGCCCUCAAAGACAGUUCUAAAAAUAAUGGAUUAAGAGGAACUGAAAAGUUACAAUUUUAAAAACCAGAUGUUAUUAAUGUAAGACCACACAGUUAUGUGCGCUGCAUUGUGUUUUAUCACCUAAAAUGUAUAUAAAACACAUAGAAUUUGAGAGUUGUAACGGGCGGAAAUGAGAAGGCAAGACACUCCAGGUAAGAAAAAAACUAUGCAAGUGCUGAAUUAAGGCUCAUCAAACUAAAUAUGCCUGUCAGUUCUAUAAUCUCAUCAGCAGGUGGCGCUGUGUAAACAUAAAUUAUAAUCACUUGGAACUUUCUCAGCAAAACACACAGAUAAAUAAACAGUUUCAAACGUGACGUCCUAAGUGGCGUUUCUUUUCUUUUUCCUGCACGCUUAAUAUAUUUAUCUAAAAAUAUCCACCGCUAUAAUCUCAUUUGUUGGGCGCAUUUUCUCUACUAUUCAAGCCGAAUCGACUUAAAUUGGGCAAAAAGUAAAAGUAGAAAUUUCCUAAAUGAAUUUUACAUAAAGAAUAAGAGCACACAAAAAUAACAGUGAGAAAUGCUACAUUGCUAGUGGGAUGUGUGCGUUAUUUUUCUUCAUCAUUUAGUACCGCGACCCGCCGAAGGAUGGAGCCAGCAUGAGAAUCUGGGAAACUCUGCUGUUGAGCGUAAACGGACUGGUUCGGAGCUGAACAACAUCUCUCUUGGCGGCGCCAGGUGUUUUCAAACCUGUAGCAGACAAACGUUCAUCAGAUGUUUCUCCACUCAGUCACAACAGGGUGGAUCUCAGCUGCGUAAACACCCAAAACGGUGAACGCUCCCGCCCGUCGGCUCUCACUCUGCCCACAGGUAUGAGGGAUUCGCCCAAACGUGCGACGCUUCAGCGACAGACGCUCCUCAAUCUGUCACAAAGUGAGUGAUUGUAUUCCGUCCACGUCUUUUCUUCGGCUGGUUGUUAUCAGAAGGCUCGUCCAGAUGCAAAUCGAAGCGUGGACGCGGUUGUAAAGAACGGAAGCAGAGAAGCUUCACUGUCUUGCUUUUAACCAUCUCGACGGUGUCAACUCUUGUUUUACGCGCAAGAAGCGCUCGGAAUCACUCCGGUUGCAAGGACCGACAGGAGCCUAAACCUUUGACGCUCCAUAUCUCAACAUCAGGCCAGCAGGUGACGACCAUAAAUGUCAAGAGGAUGAAAUCCCCUGCAGGUCGACAGAAUAACUCCUGGGGAUCCAUCAGGCUGCGUCACUUCGCGCUUAUUUAACAACCACAAACUGAGGUGCAUCCCGUCACUUUGAUUAAUAAUAAAAGGAGACCGAUCAUGUCCAGAACACUGAAGAAGAAGAAACACUGGUCCACCAAAGUGGUGGAGUGCGCCGUGGCAUGGGGGAACCUGGGGGACUUCGGCUCCGUGGUGGAGAUCCUGGGAGGAGCGGAACUCGGACAGUUCCCCUAUAUUGGCCAGAUGAAGCUGGACGUCCUGGUGUGUCAUGUCGGAAAGCUGCCCUACUACGGGGACGUCCUGCUGGAGGUGAACGGCACGCCCGUCAGUGGGCUUACGAACCGUGACACCCUGGCAGUCAUCCGCCACUUUCGGGAGCCGAUUCGCUUGAAGACCGUCAAACCAGGCAAAGUGUUAAAUACAGACCUGCGCCACUACCUCAGUCUGCAGUUUCAGAAGGGCUUGCUGGACCACAAACUCCAGCAAAUCAUACGAGACAACCUCUAUCUACGCACCAUACCUUGCACCACACGGCUUCCUCGAGAGGGGGAGGUGCCUGGCGUGGAUUACAACUUCAUCAGCGUUGGGGACUUCAGGAUCCUGGAGGAAAGUGGACUCCUCUUGGAGAGUGGGACCUAUGAUGGUAACUACUAUGGGACCCCGAAGCCUCCAGCCGAGCCCAACCUGGUGCAGCCUGACCUGGUGGAUCAGGUGCUGUUUGAUGAGGACUUCAGCGGCGAUGUCCCCAGGAAGCGCACCACCUCAGUCAGUAAGAUGGAUAGGAAGGAUAGCACCGUACCCGAGGAGGAGGAUGAUGAUGAGAGGCCCCCGCUGGUCAAUGGAUUGCCUGAGAACAAAGACUGGAGGAAAACGGUGCCCAGCUACACUCAGUCUAGCAGCACCAUGGACUUCCGUACAUGGAGCUCUCUUCCCCGCGAUGACAGCCUGGAGCCCCUGCCAUACAACUGGGAAAUGGCUUACACCGAGACUGGCAUGGUCUACUUUAUAGAUCACAAUACAAAGACAACCACGUGGUUGGACCCCCGCUUGGCGAAGAAGGCAAAGCCCCCAGAGAAGUGUGAGGAUGGCGAAUUACCGUAUGGCUGGGAGGAAAUUGAUGACCCACAAUAUGGCACAUACUAUGUUGACCACAUCAAUCAGAGAACCCAGUUUGAGAACCCAGUCCUAGAGGCAAAGAAGAAGCUAAGCAAAGAAACCACUGCCAUCCAGCAAGCUGUAGCUGCACCUUCUCAAGGUAAGGGGAGUAUGCUUAGCUUCACUGCAGACCCCAGCCAAUUGAAGGGGGAACUGUACCACACAGCUCUGAAGAAAAGCUCCCAGGGCUUUGGAUUUACUAUCAUAGGAGGUGACCGCACCGAUGAGUUUCUGCAGGUGAAAAAUGUGCUCAGCGAUGGCCCUGCUGCCCAGGACAAUAAGAUGGCGUCUGGAGAUGUAAUUGUUGAAAUCAAUGGCUCAUGUGUGCUGGGAAAGACCCAUCCAGAGGUGGUACAGAUGUUCCAGUCCAUUCCCAUCAACCAAUACGUAGACAUGGUUCUUUGUCGUGGGUACCCACUUCCUUCAGAUGUAGAUCUAGAUAGCGAUGACCCUCUCCCCCCUCCUCCUCUUCCACCAGCCACUCAGUCACAACAGUCUCUCCAUGGUGGGGAGGUAGUGACAGCAGUGCCGCUUAUUAAUGGACAACCGCUGCUAGUGAAAGGCGAUGUCCUGCAUGGCUCGUCACAGGAACUUCACUAUGUUACCACAGACGCCAGCGGUCGGCCUGUCGUAGCUGCUUUGCCCAAUGGAAGGCAGCCUGAGCAGGGAGAGGGGGCCCAGGGAAUGCUGCAGCCAGAGCUGGUGAGCAUACCACUGGUGAAGGGGCCUGGAGGAUUUGGGUUUGCCAUUGCUGACUGUCCUCUGGGCCAGAAGGUGAAGAUGAUCCUGGAUGCCCAGUGGUGCCGUGGGCUACAAAAAGGAGAUGUAAUCAAAGAGAUAAACCGGCAAAACGUUCAAACUCUUAGUCAUGCACAAGUGGUGGACAUCCUGAAAGACUUUCCUGUGGGCAGUGAGGUCAACGUGCUGGUCUUGAGAGGAGGUCAGACAUCUCCUGUGAAGUCUCUGAAACCUAGGCAAGAAAUGACUGCCAGCACAGAAACUUUAGACGCCAUCGCAGAUGCAACUCCCCAGGCAUUACCCUACCACUCCAAUACGAGCACCUUGCGCUCUUCUGACUCCCCCAAGCGAGAUGCCACAGAGAUGUACCUGAAGUCCAAAGCCCUGCUGGAGAGCAGGCUGGUAAAAUUCUUCUCAUCUACAGAGCCUCACACCAAAGACAUAGAUGUUUUUCUGAAGAGAGACAUUGAAACGGGCUUCGGCUUCCGAGUUCUGGGAGGAGAAGGUCCACAACAGCCAAAUGUGUUUCCACAGGUUUACAUCGGGGCCAUCGUGCCCAGCGGAGCUGCAGAGAAGGAUGGUCGCCUCAGAGCAGGAGAUGAGCUCAUUGGCAUUGACGGAGUGAUGGUCAAAGGUCGGUCACACAAGCAAGUGUUGGACCUAAUGACCAAUGCUGCCCGUAAUGGUCAAGUCAUGCUGACUGUUCGUCGGAAGAUCAUCUACAGAGAAGCAACAGAAGACGGCAUUCCGGAAAUGGCUCCUGUGCUGGUGAACGGUUCUCCAAAGCUACCUCGCCUACCAAUGCCCAGCGCAUUGGACCAUGAGUCUUUCGAUAUCACGCUCCACCGCAAGGAGAAUGAGGGCUUUGGCUUUGUUAUCCUCACAUCCAAGAGCAAACCCCCAUACGGUGUUAUCCCUCACAAAAUUGGCCGUAUCAUUGAAGGCAGCCCAACUGACCGCUGCGGCCUACUCCACGUCGGAGAUCGUAUCUCAGCAGUCAAUGGCCGCUCCAUCAUUGAGCUCUCUCACAAUGACAUUGUUCAGCUUAUCAAGGAAGCUGGCACUGUCGUCACCCUCACUGUGGUUCCUGAGGAUGAAUAUAAGGGCCCUCCAUCAGGAGCAAGUUCAGCUAAACAGAGUCCAGCUCUUCAACACAGGGCUGUCGGACAAAGGUCAGCACUGCAGGAUGAACGUUAUAACCUGGACCUGGAAGACAAAAGGGAUGGAGUCAACUGGUCUGACCAUAAAACUCUCCCACAUUGUGAGCAGGGAACACUGUGUGUGACAGGACCCAACCAGGGCUGUCUGACUGUGGAGUUGGAGAGAGGUCCCGUAGGAUUUGGUUUUAGUUUGCGCGGGGGCACGGAGUACAACAUGGGCCUGUAUAUCCUGAGGCUUGCUGAAGAUGGACCAGCUCAGCAGGAUGGAAGAAUCCAUGUUGGAGAUGAGAUAGUGGAGAUUAAUGGGGAGCCGGCUCGUGGCAUUUCCCAUACACGGGCAAUUGAUCUGAUUCAAGCUGGAGGAAACAAAGUGGUCCUGCUGCUGCGUCCUGGAGCAGGCUUGGCCCAGGAUGGAAAUCGACGUCAUCAGAAACUCAUUUCACCCACAAGCUAUUCUGAUGAGGUGUUCCUUUCUGGCACAUCACCACAGUCCUCUCCAUAUCCCACUGGGGCUUCCGUUUUUCUUUCCUCAACUUUAUCCAGCAAACUGAGACAUUCUCGCAGUGGGAGCACUAAAUCCCUGCAAGGCCAUGAGCCCCAUCACAGCAGGGGUUUGGGCUCACUGGAGGAGAGUGAUGAGUGGGCAGAAAAGAAGAUCGACAGGCUCUCCCACAUUCUUUACGAUCAAACGAAGUUCUCCCAGAGAACCAGGUCCACAAAUGACUCCAGAGAGAUAAGCAGCCCAAAGAAAUCAGGGGAGACAUUUCCUAAAGCCAAAGAGGAACAUCAGAGUCCCAAAAUGACUGAGAGUCAGGCAAAGGAAGCAACACUGAGCAGGAGCAAACUGCCGCAGAUGAGUAAUACAAAAAUACAAAAUGUGAACCAGGAGAGGGCUCGAGUUCUGCCUCAAGCGGUAUCAGGCCUGCAGCAGAUGGGGCAUCAACAAGGGCAUCACUGGAGAUUAAAGGAUUCUUCUAGCAAGGAUAGCUUAGGUAAUGAAAAUAAAAAUGGUGAGAAGGGAACUCCUCGGAUCAGAAGAUACACGCUAGGAAGUGAGAAAAGAACGAGGCCAGGCCUUGAGCAAGAGCGCUUUAAAAGAAGUGAGGGAGAGUUUAUUCGUCACAGGACACUGUCUGUUACAGUGAGGGAACGUGAAACAAGUAGAAACAAAGACUCUGAGCAGAGAGAGGUUAAUGGCAACCCUGCAGAAAUCAAGAAUAAAAGUAAGGGCAGUGUCAACAAAAGGGACUCAUUGUCGUUUUUUAAAGAUAUGUGGAGCAGGAAAGACUCUGUAGCUUCACCACAUGACACAAAAGCAAAAGAACGUAAAUCCUCUAACUUCAAAGAAUGGCAUAAUAAAGAGGACUUUGUGGCCUCUACAGACAGGAUUCCAGGGACCACCCAGAGACAAAAGGGAUCUGUUGGCCCUGGGCUUUGGAAAGUACUAAGCUCUGCCAAAAUCCUCACUAAAGCAGAAGUCCUCCGUGACCCUCUGUGACAGAACAUUAAAUCACCUGAAUAUGAACUGUGCCAUGAAAUCUUCACAAUAUUAACAUGAUAGUGGGUUCUUUUUCAGAGAUCUUCCAUGAAACAGAGAUGUGCAACAUGCUGACCAUUUUCAUUAUUCUUAGAUCGUGGUCAGAUUUAUAUUUUGGGAGUAGUAUAAUAUCACAUGUGACAUGUAGCACUUGACUCUGCCUUGUUCGCUGCUUCAGCAUCAUUGGUGUAGGACUUCAGCACCUGCGGCACGCUUGGGGCCUUGUCAGAACAAGACAUCUUAAAAUGUGAAAAUGUGCCAAUGCCUGAAGUUUCCUUUGGGAACAAUGUCCACCAAUAUCACCCAUAAUAAUGCAAUGACCCAUAUGCAAAGAAAGGAACAAGGCCUUGCCUUUCAUUUGUAGUAAACACCCAAUGUGACUGUCAUAGGAUUUCAUCUUGCCUCAUUGGAGGACAUUUAGACCUUGUUUAACUGCAUGCUGUUCGUCCUUGAUUUUGUUUUACUGCACGUUUUCUGCACAUCACCCAGGAUGAACCGCUUCCUUGUUUAUAAUUCUCAUACCACUGGGCUGAUUUGAAAUACUGGUGGUAAAGUGUUUACUUUAAUGGUUACUUCAGACUGUUCUGAGGCUUACGUCAUGGCACUCCAUUAUCAUUGAAAAAGACCAGAAACUUGUGGUUUGAUAUCUUGUCUACCAUGUGUAUAAUAAUAGUGUGUAAUUUCUCGAGAUAAUAGCUGAAUAUAUAUAUAUAUAUAUAUAUAUAUAUAUAUAUAUAAAGUGUCCCAGUUAUUAAAGUUUACUGGAGCCUUUAUCUGAUUCCUAAUGUACUUCAGUGGUAGGAAUUACCAUAGUUGUUCAUGAAAUGUAAAGACUUUCAAAUGGCUGUACCAAAUGUUUGCAAUCUCUCAAAAUGUGUCUCAUUGUGAAAUAUAUUAUAUAAUAUAAAUAUAUAUAAAUAUUUGAAUGUGUCAUUUACAAAUGAUAUCUAUUGAAUUUCAUUGCACUGGAUCUGCCCCUGUAGCAUAACAGAAAGAGCUGUAUUUAACUACUGAUGUUCACUUCGUACCGAUUCAUUUUUUAGAAUUUCUUGGUUUAACUAUUUAUUUUACAAUAAAUUCACAAUUUUGUUUUAGAGGGUUGAAGAUAAUUUAUGUAAAGCUUUAUCCGAUCUGAGUCAUGUCUCUGACUGUUUAUGUUUGACUACUGAGAAACUACUGUAUAUUGUCCAUCUAUCCUACUGUGUGGUCGAGCAUUAGGCUAGCAUGAAGGAUGACAGAGGCCAGAGUGAUGUAGUGUUUUACUGAAACAUUGUCCAUGCUGCUGAUGUAAGGCUUAAGUUAAGACAAGCCACCAACAUACAUAUUAAGGGGCUGUAAAGCAGGAAGUUAUAUGAAAAAUGGUUUCAAAAGUGUUGCAUGAAUCACAAGUUAAAAUAGUAAAAUCUGAGAUAUUUAAAUAUACGAUUUUAAAGACACACUCAGACGAGCUCAGGGAACACAGUAUUGUAGCAAAUAUGUGAUAAAGUUAAUAUUAAUGACAGCCAAAUGGAGGGUGAACUUUGAUUGUAUCAAGCAGUUUUCAGUUUACAAGUCUGUUUAGGCUGUGAGUUCUGUGCAAUAGUUUGAUUGGUAUGUUUGAGUAAAUCCAGCUCUGAAUACCCAGUACAGGCUGUUCACUCUGGUCCUGAGAAGGAUAACGCUCUUUCUACUCGUCUCUCCUGCACUGGUUGAUUUCCUUGAUGCUUUUGUUCUGACCAUUUUCUACGUCAUCUCUGCAUCAUACUGUGGCCUUGCAUUGCUUCAUUAGAAAAAAAGAAUUCCUUGUGGUACCUUCUACAUUCUGUAGGACGAGUAGAUGUAAAUGUUUGUACAUUGUACAGCACCUUUAUAAACAAACCUGCUGAGUGCUCUUUUGGGGAGAAAAAAAAUAGAGGUAUAUUCAAAUUGCUCUAUUAUUUUUUUAUGUAAAAAAAAUAAAAAGAGAAAAUAUUUAAAAUGGAUUGAAAAGGGUAGGCUCUGACCUUGACAUAAUAUUCUGUUCAUGCACUAAAAAUAAAACUUUGCUGAAAAUAUAA